CUUGAUUCAAAUAAAAACAAUUCAAAACACUAGCAACUGGGAUCUAAACAUGACUAGUUGGCGUAGUCUGAUAGAUGAAGCUUUAUCAGACGAAGGAAUCAUUGAUAAAAUAAAGUCCUUUAUUCAUAGUGAGGACGCUGGUAUGACUAAAUUAACAAAGUUUGAACUACUGGAAAUGCUAAGGUCUAAGGGUGUAAUUGACAUGCUGGUUUCUAAAAUAAAGUCUAAAGAACAGUCCAAGAUUUUCUCCAGAGGUCAUGAUAGUUCCGUGGGUACAUACGAAGGUCCUAAAACAUGUGUGUCAAUCAAUACGAGUUCCACUGCAGUAUUAGUAGUGGAGUUUCUUCAGGGGAGAGCGUUUACGAGUCACCUUCAGACAUAUGAAGACAUGGAAAUUGAGGAAUCUAAGUGCUCCAACAUCAGUUUGCAACUACAUAUCGCAUACAAGGACUGUAAAUUUUCCAGCAAAUUAUUCCAAUGCACAACGGAGCCUAUUAUCAAUCAGAUCUUUUGUUUUGAGCUUAUUUCUGGAAACCAUAGCAAGGGACGAGAUGUGACCCUUGAAAAUUUGCUGUUCGAUAAACCAGUUUCUUUUGUACAAAUCGUAAUCACAUCAAACGUAUUAUCAACUGCAAAACGAGGUUUGAUCUCAUCAACCUACUUUGACUGGCGUCCAUAUUUCAUGGGCAAUUCUAAAUGUAAAGAAGUAAACUUAAACCACUGGACUAAUAACGUAUCCAUAGAACUACAAAGUACCGAUCCAGACUGUAAUUACCUUUGCGUCUUUGGGACCACAUCUCAUUGGCUGCAAGACCUCUAGUUUGCAACUGACAAGUGUCAAUGGAAUUAAAUUGUGAAGAUUUUCGAGUCAUGAUAAUGAAGGUGUUUAUUAUUACAUGUGUUUUUCAGUGGUGUUAGAAAUGUUUCAUGAAAUUAAAUUUUAAUAGGUACCUGCGGGUGUUCUUGAUUUACGUCUUUCUCUAAUAUGUCCUAAUGCAUCUAUCAAUACAAAUUGGUCUGAUCCAGUAAAGCAGACAUUUGAUUCAAAUGCACCUGGUAUAAUUAGUCAUCAAACUUGUAAAUUAAGACAACUAUCACCCUCACUUAUUCAAGCACAUUUUCAAUUAGAAUUAAAUCGAUCACUUGAAAGAGAAAAUACGCUCACUAAUUAUGUUCGUCAAUGGUGGCGUGAAUUAACACAAUUGCGUGAAGGAUUCUUUUCUGAACGUCUUAUUAAAAUAUUUGCAGCUGAUGAAAAUGGACGUACACAAUUUGUGUGUAACUUCGUAAAUCCACUCAGUGCAAGUCAUAUUCUUGAAACCCCAUAUAUAGCCGCACGCUUCGUUUCAAGUAUACCCUAUGAACCGUUUUACGGCCUCGGGGUUGGGAUAAAAGAACGUUGGUGUUCUGGACUGGCUUUUGUUUCUUCAAACUCUGGAGAUGUAGCAGAUCAUGCAAACCUUUUAUGCUCUCUACUAUUGGGUUAUGGAGUUGAAGCAUACGUUGCUUUAGGCACAAGUCAAUUCAAUAUGAAUAAGCAGCAAAUGACUACUUCCUCACAUUUAUAUGCAUGGGUCGUUGUUUGUUCUGACGAUUAUCAACGAAUCACAUUUUGGGAUAGUAUAACUGGUCGUUGUUAUAUUCAUACAACUGGUGGUUGCGAACAAAAAAUCUAUCCUUCUCCAUUCUAUACCAUUGGAUGUUUAUACAAUAACAGUUCAUUUUAUGCCAAUAUUCAACCAACUGAUAAAGUAGUAAACUGUCUUUUUAAUUUAAAGAAUUCAUCUCAAUGGCGUCCUAUGUCAUUUGAAGUCAUUCAAACAGUACAUAAUUACUCAAGUUUAUACCUUAGAAAAUUGAAUCCUCCCAUUCAAUCUAUAGAUGAGAUUACUGCACAAUGUCAUGAAUCCUUACGUCGUUUAGCCGAUAGUUGGCGUAUGGAAAAAUUAAGAUGUAAUAAUCAUAUUACAUGGAAAUGGGAUAAUAAACUAGAACAAUUAUUAUUACCUUUGAUUGCUAAAUAUGAAGCAGAUCAAAAAAAUUUAUCAAAUUAUGAUGAUAAUGAUAACGUUGUACAAGUACAUGAGGUAUUAGAGAAUGAUUUGAUUAUGUCACCAAUUCAUCGUCAUAUACCUAAAGAUUUUACAUUCAAAUCUUAUCCAGUCCAGCUAUUCCAUUGUAAUCCUCAAAGAAUAUUACGAAGUUGUUUACGUUCUCAAUUAUGUCGGGAUAUACUAAGCUGUCGUGGUGAUCAUGUUCAACUUGCCUUAGGUUUACGCAUUAUUACAUAUGCUGAAAAUGCAAUGAUUACAUGGGUUAUAUUUGCAUGUUCAUAUAAAUCUGUAAUAUAAAUUCAAUCAUAACCCUUUUUCAAGAGAUGAUGAAUUAUUUGCUUGAAGUAACCAAUUUCUGAAAAGAUAUUUUGGUUCAUUUAAGACUUAAUAAUUUAUAGAUAUCUUUAUCUUCGUAUUUACAAAGAGUACUCAUGGUAAACCCCUUAGUUCGUUUUAAAAAACGCCCUUGUUCAUAAUGCACAUAUGAUUGUUAAUGGAUUGAUAAUUCUUUAUAUCCAUAAUGUUUUUUUACACUUGAACUCCCGUGGUUAUACUAAUUUUUCUCCCAGUUGUUCAUAUCCGUUUAACUUGAGACUUUCUGAGGGGAAUGAAAAAUCAGUGUUUGAAUUUUUGUAAUUUGGUUUGUUUUUUAAAAUUUAGAACUCACCAAUUGUAAUUUGUAAUGAUUUGGAUUAUUCCGUUGUUGAUAUUUUGACUGAAAUCUGAUCAGUCUUGGUUGACAUGUAGAUCGCCUUGAUAUAGCCAUUAUGAUAUAAACUUAUUUACAGUAUACAAAAUGUGGCUUCGAGUCCCAGAGUGAACUUUAACUCUAAGAUGUCGGUAAAUCCAGUUAUUUAUUUGCAUAUCCUGAAUUUCACUACUAGCCACAUUCCAUCUACCCUAUAUAAUUCAUGGUUCAUUAGUUUAGAAAAGUAGUUUUAUAAAAAUUAAAUCCGGAAGUUUAAAGUGUAUCUUACGUCCACAGAAUCUUUACAGAACAAACUACUUAUAUGGGGAAUCCAUAAUCUUUAAAUAAAAUAUUAAAUGACCACUGUCACGUUUGUGUAGAUGUUGGUAACGACUGAAUUUGGCAAGUCACAUUUCACUGUAGAUACUGGUGAUUAAAUCCAAUCCGUUGGUCUAGAUUUUGUUCUGCUUGGUGUUCAUCAUCGAGAUAUAUCUUUAAUCUUGAAGGAAUCAAUUAUCUGCCUGGGACUUCAAUCGUUCUCAAAACCAAACAUGUUACUACUAAGAAAUUAUUUUCUCGACUUACAUACUACAUGACUAAGAUAUUUAUGUUAAUCGACAAAUUAUUAGUAUCCAAUGUCACAUUUUGUAUCGAUUUAUACUGAACAAUCAGUAAAUAUUGUGUAUGAAUGAGUGGUGAAUAGCUCCGAACCAAAUUCAGGAUAUACUACCUACCAUUACUAACUACCUGGCAAAACGUGACUUAUUUUAUGAAAUAUUAUUAUGUAUAAAUGCAAAUGUUUAUUUAUCCUCUUUUAAAUCUUAUUUUCUAAUGCAGGGUUUGCUUUCUUUUUAAUUUAACACACAUUUUGCAUAGAAACCUCAGAAAUAAAUUUGUUACUUAAUUGAAUUUAUUUCUAUUAUUUUAACCGAAGGUAUAGGCAGAAUAAACUAAGCAUUCAAUAAUGAUAUUAUGGAUUAUUUAUUGGUAGUCGACAAAUAGAGUCCUUUGAACACUGUUUUAAUGUAUAUUUGUUCAAAUCAUAUUGUCUCUGAAUACGCUAAUAGUUGAUAAAGACUUUCAUUAGUGUGACUGCUAGAUGAAG